AUGCCGCCUGCGACGCCCUCCACCUCGGUCUCCCUCCGGGAGCUGGCCGACCUGGCCAUUGGCACCCCGGAGGUGGGCGCCGUCAACUUCACGGCCCUUCACACGCUCGUUGUGGCCAUGCUCAAGAAACUCCACUUGCAGGACACGAAGGUGGACUUCCAGACCCUGUCGCCUGAGCAGAGCCGCUCCUUUGAGGGCCCUCGGGCCUCGCUGAGCAUCCCGCAGGUGGCGGCGCCCAAGGAGAAGCGAAAGAGCAGCAUGGCCAGGAUGCCGGCCCAGAUGCUGGAGGUCCAGGUGAAGGACCUGGGCGGGCAGGUCCAGGACCUCGGCCAGCAGUUCAAGACCAUGGACAGCCAGGUACAGGGCAUCCUGAACCACAUGCAGUACUUCACUGCCCUGGUAGGUGGUCUGGACGCGGACCCCCAGGAGUGGCUAGGGAAGUCACAGAUGACCACUCCCACUACUGAGAUGGCCACGCCCACUACUGAGAUGGCCACGCCCACUGCCCGGAUGGCCACGCCCACUGCCCGGAUGGCCACGCCCACUGCCGACGUAGCCAUGCCCGCUACUGGGAUGGCCACGUCCUCCACCGAGAAGACCAAGCUUGAAAUGGCCACACUGAUGCCCAGGAUGGACAAGCCUACGCUGGGGAUAGCCACAGCAGCCAGUGAGCUGUCCAUGGCAGUGCCCAGCAUGGCCACAGUGACGCCCGAGAAGGCGCGAAUGGGGUUGAUGAAAAUCUGGAAGGACAGUCCCCAGGCCAUGGAGCUGCUCCAGAAUGUCGUGGAAGACGUGAAAACCCUGAAGGAAGCGCAGAAGAAGGUGCAGGAGUCCCCCGAGUUGAACCCGCAGACACUCCUGCAACGGAUUGAGAAAGUAGAGAGGAUAGUCAGAGACCGGGAGGAAGUCCUGGAACCCUUGAGCCGGAAACUCACUUUGACGCCUGCAGGGGAAGAAAUCACCAUGGUCACCUGGGAGGAGCUGGAGCAUGCGAUCAAGGACGGCUGGAAGGCCUUACAAGGGGGCUCAGAGUCAACAACGGGACUUGUUAAGCGCAAAAGGAAAACUUCCUUAUCGUCAAAUGAUAUGAUUCCAAGUGGGGCCGCCACCAAGAGUUCAAGUGUUGACAAGGGUCUGGAUUCAGCCGGUAGUCUGGGCCCAGAUCAGGUCUUACCAGGGGCCAGCGGGUCAGGACGCCCCUCUGAAGGGGUUCUUAGCAGGGAACGCGGCAGGCAUACCUCUGCUGCUGGGUUUCCUGGGAGAGAACAGCACCCAAGGGCUCGUGACGAAGCCAGCCCGGCUAAAACCCCACGCCCCUCUGAGCCCCAGCUCAGAGUGGAGCCUGAUCAUCACAGGCCAGGAGAGCAGCUCGGCUUAGUGCAUCCAAGAAGAGAUGAACAAGAGGGAUACCCUCGCCCAGUUCAACAGGACUUAGCCUCAGCUAGAGGUGGGCAUCAACAGGUGUCCCCAGACCCACGCAGAGGGGAGAAAGUUGGCCUGGGCCAAGCCUAUGCAAGGCCAGACCAGCAUGGAUCAGAGCCACCGGACCUGGAUCAGCUUGAAUUGCUACAGCCCAGAACUCACCCCCAUGGCGUGUUCCCCUUCAGCACGAGUCAGCUGGGCAUGAUGCCGCCUGGAAUGGUUGGGCAGGAAUCAGUGCUCCCUGGCAUGGGUCAGCAUGACGUGGUGCCACCAUGGGUACCUGGCAGAGAGCAGCAAGGAUUGGCACUACCUAGCAUGGAGCAGCCUGGUAUGGUUCCACUUAGCACACAUCAGCGAGGUGUGAGACUUCCUGGCACAGACCAACGUGGUAUGGCGUGGCCUGGCAUGGACGAGAGUGGCAUGGGACCAUUUGGCAUAGAUCAGCAUGGAUUUGCAAUAUUUGGCGUGGAUCAACAAGGAUUGGUUCUACCUCUUGCAGACCAGCGUGGGCUGGAAUCACCAGGUCUGAUGCAAGCUGUUACAGAACCGCAAGGUUUUGUGCGUCUCAGUUCGGAAAUGCCUGGCUUCAUACAACCUGGCACACAGCGGCAUGAUGGGAUCCAGGCUAGUGCAGGUCAGCCUGGUUUGGUCCAGCUUGGCCUAGAGCAGGGUGGGUUGGCCCAGCUCAGUGCUUAUCCACCUGGCUGGAUACAGCCUGAUGCAUAUCCUUUUGGUUUGGUCCAGCCUGGAAUGGAUCAGCGUGGUUUGGUCCAGCCCGGAAUGGAUCAGCAAGGCUUCGUCCAGCCGGGAAUGGAUCAGCAUGAUUUAGUCCAACCUGGAAUGGAUCAGCAAGGUUUGUUCCAACCUGGUGCAGGUCAGCCUGGUUUGGUCCAACCUGGUACCAUUCAGCCUGGUUUGGUUCAACCUGGUGCAGGUCAGCCUGGUUUGGUUCAACCUGGUGCAGGUCAGCCUGGUUUGGUUCAACCUGGUACCAUUCAGCCUGGUUUGGUUCAACCUGAUGCAGGUCAGCCUGGUUUGGUUCAACCUGGUACCAUUCAGCCUGGUUUGGUUCAACCUGGUGCAGGUCAGCCUGGUUUGGUUCAGCCUGGUACCAUUCAGCCUGGUUUGGUUCAACCUGGUACCAUUCAGCCUGGUUUGGUUCAACCUGGUGCAGGUCAGCCUGGCUUGGUUCAGCCUGGUACCAUUCAGCCUGGUUUGGUUCAACCUGGUGCAGGUCAGCCUGGCUUGGUUCAGCCUGGUACCGUUCAGCCUGGUUUGGUUCAGCCUGGUGCAGGUCAGCCUGGCUUGGUUCAGCCUGGUACCAUUCAGCCUGAUUUGGUUCAGCCUGGUACCAUUCAGCCUGGUUUGGUUCAACCUGGUGCAGGUCAGCCUGGUUUGGUUCAGCCUGGUACCAUUCAGCCUGGUUUGGUUCAACCUGGUGCAGGUCAGCCUGGCUUGGUUCAGCCUGGUACCAUUCAGCCUGGUUUGGUUCAACCUGGUACAGGUCAGCCUGGCUUGGUUCAGCCUGGUACCAUUCAGCCUGGUUUGGUUCAACCUGGUGCAGGUCAGCCUGGUUUGGUUCAGCCUGGUACCAUUCAGCCUGGUUUGGUUCAACCUGGUGUAGGUCAGCCUGGUUUGGUUCAGCCUGGUACCAUUCAGCCUGGUUUGGUUCAACCUGGUGCAGGUCAGCCUGGUUUGGUUCAGCCUGGAACAUAUCCCCGUAGUUUAGUUCAACCUGGUGCCUAUCCGCGUGGUUUGGUCCCACGUGGGGCCUACCCUCAUGGUUUGGUCCAGCCUGGUGUAUAUCCACAUGGUUUCAUGCAACCUGGUACGGAGCAGCGUGGCUUGGUUCAACCUGGAAUAGAUCAGCGUGGUUUGAGGCAACCUGGUGCAGACCACCGACGCUUGGCACCCUCAGGCCCAGAGCUUCACGGCUUUCCACUCCACUGGGAUUCUCCAAGUUUUGGACCUCCACGCCCCUAUCAACAUGGUAUGGUACCUCCUGGCAGAGAUCAGCAUAGCCAUGCGUCACCACUCCUAGCCAAGCAAGGUUUGGUGUCACCAGGUAUAGACCACGAGGGUUUGGUACCAACAGAAACUUAUCAACAUGGUUUGCUGCCUCCUGGCACAGACCAGCAUGGUCCAACACCAUUAAGCACAGAUGUGGAAUCUGCACAAUCAGAUCAACAGCAUUUGGUAUCACCUGCUCCGGAUCAGCGUGGCCAGGCACACUCUAUUCCGGACUCCCAUGGCCUCAUGUACCCCGGCCCGCAUGGCCCGGGGUACCCAUAUGCUGAUCAGUACGUCCAAGUAGGUUUGUAUCCACACCAACCUGGGGUUUAUAGUCAGACUCUGCCCCACCAAGACACCGCUUCUUUCAGGAGUACAGACAAUUUCAACCAUCUCUACCAAGUCUCACCACACAGAAGUGACAUCGAGGAUGACAGAGAAAAUUCCCUGGACAGAGUGGCUCCCAGCUUCCCCAUCGCAGUGGAAACAUUGCGUCUGAUGGGAGAGCUCAUCAGCCUCUACAUGGAAAUAAAGGAUACCAUGAAGGACCUGGAUGAGCAGAAAGCUGGCCAGACCGACUUGGAGAAGUUCCAGUACCUGUUCUCCCGGAUGGUCCAAAAGACCAUACCACCGGACCUGCAGGAACAGCUGAAGAACAUAAAGACCUUGACCAAAGAAGUUCGGCAGGAAAAAGCAAAAGUGGAAAAGAUACAAAAGAUCCUGCAGGGCGAAGAGCAGCCAGGGACGGGAAAGGAAAUGAAAGGUGGCCAGCUGAGUUUGCAGCUGGGCACCCUCAGAGUCACCGUGGCCGACAUCGAGAAGGAGCUGGCUGAGCUGAGGGAGAGCCAGGAGCGGGGCAAGGUCAGCAUGGAACAUUCGGUCUCUGAAGCUUCCCUUUACCUGCAGGAUCAGCUGGACAAGCUCAGGACGAUCAUCGAGAGCAUGCUGGCCUCCUCCUCCACACUGCUGACCAUGAGCAUGCCGCCUCAGAAGGCCCCGAUCACCUUGGUGCCCGGCGAGAUUGACCCCGAGGCCACCUGCCCGGCCUGCAGCCUGGACGUGAGCCAUCAAGUCAGCACGCUGGUGCGGCGCUACGAGCAGCUCCAGAACAUGGUCAACGGCCUGGCGGCCUCUCGGCCCUCCAAGAAGGCCAAGCUCCAGAGCCAGGACGAGGAGCUGCUGGGCCACGUCCAGAGGGCCAUCCUGCAGGUGCAGGGCGACUGCGAGAAGCUCAACAUCACCACCAGCAACCUCAUCGCGGACCAUCAGCAGAAGCAGAAGGACAUUGAGGCGCUGUACCAGGGUCUGCAGAAGCUCGAGCGGGAAAAAGCCAACAGGGAGCACCUGGAGAUGGAGAUUGACGUGAAAGCCGACAAGAGCGCCCUGGCUGCCAAAGUGAGCCGUGUCCAGUUUGACGCCACCACAGAGCAGCUGAAUCACAUGAUGCAGGAGCUGGUGGCCAAGAUGAGCGGGCAGGAGCAGGACUGGCAGAAGGUGCUGGACCGGCUCCUGACGGAGAUGGACAGCAAGCUGGACCGCCUGGAGCUGGACCCUGUGAAGCAGUCGCUAGAGGACCGGUGGAAAUCCUUGCGACAGCAGCUCAAAGAGCGCCCCCCACUCUACCAGGCUGACGAGGCAGCAUGCAUGCGGAGGCAGCUCUUGGCGCAUUUCCACUGCCUGUCGUGUGACCGUCCCUUGGACACACCUGUGACCGGACAACUGAUCCCCGUGACCCCCGUGGGGCCCAGCCUGCCGGGGAACCGCUCCACCCGCCCCUACACCAUCUUUGAACUGGAGCAGGUCCGGCAGCAGAGCCGCAGCCUCAAGCUGGGCAGCGCCACCUUCUCGCGGGCUGACCUGGCACCCAUGGAGCGGAGCGUGGGGCGUCUGCACACCAUGCACUCCAAGAUGCUGAUGGACAUCGAGAAGGUGCAGAUCCACUUUGGGGGCUCAGUCAAGGCCAGCAGCCAGAUGAUCCGCGAGCUGCUGCAGGCCCAGUGCCUCAGCUCCCCCUGCUACAAACGGGUGCCAGAUAUGGCUGACUACACCUACUCAACGGCGCCCCGGCCCUGCGGGGGCAGCCACACACUCACCUACCCCUACCGCCGCGUCCGCCUGCAGCACCUGCCGCAGGGCCUGCACCCUGAAGAGAUCCAGCUCGCCCUGAAGCACGACGAGGUGGAUAUCUUGGGCCUAGAUGGACAUAUUUACAAGGGACGGAUGGACACAAGGCUGCCCGGCAUCCCGAGCAAAGACAGCUCCGGGGUCAUCAAGCACAAGGCCAAGCCGCCCCGGCCCCACGUGCACCGGCAGCCGUCCCUCAGCGACAGCGGCCGGCUGCCCUCGCGGCCGCAGAGCGCCGAGACGCUGGCCGGCAACACCCCAGCAACUUCUCGUCCGCGGACAGAGAGACCUGUCUCCUCGCAGGGCCGCCUCUCCCAGCCACUCAGCCCCAGCGAGGUGCCCGCGGGGCCCGAGAUGCACAUGGACGUGCCUCCGGGGGAGGGGCUGGAGGAGCCCACCCGGGGGCCCAGGUCCUCCACUGCUCACUGA